UGUUAUCAACCGGACGCUCGUUUCGUCUACGUUUCUCCACCAGACCGGCCAGUACGACAUGCGAGCGUUUAAAAUGCGUUUUAAAACUGCGAUUGGCGUUUCUUUGCUGGCCACUGCGGCCACCCUGUACAUUUGGUACAGGUUUUCCCAACCUUCAGAUGACCUGGUUCCAACCACUGAUGAACCUGAACCCCUAGCGGCCAAACAAGAACAAAUUGUGGAUUUUGAUUUCAACUCUGAGGGUGGAAAUUCAGCGGUGAAAAAGAACAGCCUCGAGCAAAUCGACCCUGGUACUUUCUAUGUGGAAACUAAGAAGGAGGAUGGAGGGGAGAACAAGGAAGGUGGAGAGGGGGAUGAGAAAGGUGACAAAGUUGAAGAAGAAGAAAAGGAGGACGAUGAGGAUCAGGUAGAGGGUAAAAAGGACGAAGCUGGAAAUGAAGUGGAAGAAACAGAAAAAGAUGACAAUGACAAACAGGAAGAAGAAAAUACUCAAACACAAGAAAACACUACCAAACAACAAGAAGUAAACUUAAAAAAUGAUGGAAGCGUCAAUAAAGAGCAACAAGAAUCAGAAAAGGCUGAACAGAAAGUUGAAGAAACUAAAAAUAACACAGAAAAUGUUGAUAAAAACAAAAAUGCAACACAUUUAGAUCUUGUCGCCGAUCAAAAAAUUGAAAAUGAUGAUAAAGAACAGGUAGAAUACCAUGACCAAACAUUGAACAACAUAAAAAAUGCUGAAGAUCACGUAGAAAUUGAUGAACAAAAAGCAGAAUCCAGUGUCGAUUUUAAACUAAAAUUCGGGAAAAUGAAGAAAAAAGAGAACGAGGACCAAACAAAAUUUAUGAAAAUUGGAGAUAAAGUCAAAGACCCUCAGCUAGUCUCAGACGACGAGAAAAAUGUACCGGAAUCAGCAGAGAAGGCUCAAGUGCCAACAACUACACAAGGAAAGAUUGUCGAGGAGGAAGUCCAGAAAUCGGUCGACGCAAACCCAUCAGUUGAUGAGAAAUCAGAGAGUAAUUUUGUGGACUACAAAGAUAUGGACAGCUUAGGAACAAGUUUUAAUAAAUUAGAAGCGGCUGGAAAAGAAGAAAAUCAGCCAGCUGAUAAAAAGAUUGAAGAGAAAACUCAAGAAUUGAAGCAGAAAUUUAAAAUUCUCAAAAGAAAACUCGAUACCUCUUAAAGUAAGGUAGUUUAUUUGUUUUAAUAAUAAAAUGAAAAAUUAAAAUGUUUGCAAACUAAUAAAUAUUUUACUGGUUGGACGUUA